AUGAUGACCACAUCAAUGUUUUAUACACAUCAUGAGCAAGGCAUCCGGACGGGCUUUUGGUUUUUGAUGUCUGGUUUGUUGGUGGCCACUGGAAGCUUCAUUAGCUAUGGAGUACUUCAUAUCGAGCCAUCAAUUAUGGAACCGUGGCAAUGGUUCUUUGUCAUCAUUGGAAUUGUAACAUUCUUGGUUUCUGUAGCCCUUUAUCUUUUCUUUCCUGAUUCACCUACCACCACUUGGUUAUUGACUCCAGAAGAAAUGAUCAAGGAUGUAUCAAGACUAAGAGUCAAUUGCACUGGUAUUGAGAAUAAGAAAUUCAAAAAAUAUUUAGCAAUUGAAGCUUUUAAAGACCCAAGGACUUGGAUGUGGGUUACUUAUUGCAUACUGGCCACUAUUCCUAACAUCUCUCAUCAACAAGCAUUGAUUAUAAAAGCCAUUGGUUAUGAUGUGUUCCAAACCAGUCUCUUAAAUUCAGUGAUUGGCUUUGUACAAAGCUCAGCUAUCCUUCUUGGUGUAGCCUUGUUAUGUCACUCAAAAGCACUUCCCAUCUUCUUCUCCGUUCAAACAUCCAUCUGGUAA